CUGUCAGUCAUCAUAACGAAUGGCCAUCGUGUUGUACAUAUCUAUGUCGGCCCACCUAGGAACGCUGUUUAAACUGUGAGACAUGCCGCCAUGAUGUCAUUUAUAUAACAGACGUGGGUGCUGCUGUUAUCUAUAUCAAUGGGAACACGUAUCCUCUUCCUAGCAGUCGGCAUCGGAGUGUUGCUGGUCCAGCGCGAUGUACAAGCCUGCAUGGAGGGACUACAGGCUUGUUUCAAGUAUUUCGAGUCACGAUCGGGAACGCCGACUGGUAUUUGUGACCUGGCAGCUGACCAGCUGGACUGUCUGGGGAUGGUACGACUGACCUGUAGCUCAACGGCGCCGGUAGAGGGCGCAUUCCAGGGCUUCAAGGCCGAGUAUGAAGGCGCCCCUAAUAACUGUAUAUUUGACAACAUAGCUCAAAGUCCAGAUUAUCCUGCCUUCCAAUGUACCAAACUGUUUGAGGACUGCAAGUCUAAAGCUACAACCACCACAUGUGGUUUGGUUGACUUCUACGAGAUCUGCACUAACGGCCUGUCAACAUUUUGUUCUGUACAAAAUCUACAAAACGCCACCAGUUUCAUCAACGCUGAGAAGCAGAGGCUUGCUUCAGAACAAGGAUGCUACUUUGCAACCACGCCAAGGGUUCUGUUAUCAGGUGCGGCAUGCUUCUCCCAGUAUGUAGCUUGUUAUGAAGCGGACGGCGUCAUUGCCACUACACACCCAUGCGUAGCUGUGCCUGUGUACGAGAGGUGCCAGGAGGCGACAGUGACCGGGGUAUGUGAUGCUGCAGCGUCCCAGAUGGCCAUCUCCCACAUCGGCUCCAAGCAGUUAGAAUGUGACGCUGCCACGACAACUACGACGAUAUCCACAACAACGUCAGUGACAACAUCUGCAACACCAAUACCCACACAAACCGUUGCGACUCAACACUUGGCAGCAUCAAUGGCAUCACAAACAGCAGUGUCAACUGACCACAGCUCAACACAGGGGAUUACCAAGGACAUGCAAGGACACAUUUAUCUGGAUUUCAAAGACUGUGGAACACACCUGUGUCUCCAUGCUAUGUUGGCUGUGUCAUGUGUCAUGGUGCACGUGGUCCUCAGAUGGUAAUCAACGCCAGUACAAUGUCAACGUCACACUGACGACACUCACGAAAACUGAAGAACUUUGAAAAAAUCUGCCCAUGUCUCACUGGUGCGUGACGCACAUACGACGUUAUCUACAACACUGUCGAGUUCCACAACACUUUAUGUUCAAGAUUAUGAGCGUGAACUUUCUCCAUGAUGUUCAGUCAUAAACGAGAAGGUAUAUGUUUUAUGUACAAAAGUGUUAUUGUCCACUGCUCCCGUAUUGUUGUCAAGAAAAUGUAGGAAUUUACAUGUGAAUGUGAAACACAAUAACGAAAUAAGUUGUCACGCAUAAAUC